CACAACUACAGAUAGGAAUUCAACGCUGGUGACGUCAUGCCUAAAGCGACGAAGCGCGCGAAGAAGAUGGCGACGAUUACUACAGUUGCGAACUUCGUUCGGGAAGAGCGAAUGGCUAUAGAUACAAAUCUUUUACUGUCCUCGGAUGAGCAGCAGCACAUCUCGGAUCGGUCCGAAAGUAGGAGUUUGGAAAGCAGUGGGGACGCGGACCCGGAGCUACAAUCUCAUCGCGAUGUGGAAUAUGAUGAUGAUGAAGAAGAAGACCUUGAGCGCACAGCAGGCGUUGGGACGGAUGGCGACGACCACGAACUCCUGCGGCAGCAACAGCAAUCACCAGAGCGGGGCCCAGAGGGCGCGGCUACGCCCCCCGGCUGCUGUAGCGGCGGGGGCGAGCAGGAGGGCCGUGUUCAGAUCGGGGAAACGUACCUAUGCAGGCGUGCUGACAAUGCUUGGCAUCCAGCAGAGGUCAUUCAGUCUCGUUUAAAUGAACAAGAAGGCAGAGAAGAAUUCUAUGUGCAUUAUAUUGGAUUCAACCGCCGUUUAGAUGAAUGGGUGGACAAGAACCGUCUGGCACUCACAAAGACUCUGAAGGAGGCUGUGCAGAAGAACCCGGAUCAGUACAUGACUGACUUGUCUGAGCAGCCUGAGAGAAAGAUAACCCGCAACCAGAAACGUAAACAUGAUGAAAUCAACCAUGUUCAGAAGACCUACGCAGAGAUGGACCCAACAACUGCUGCUUUGGAAAAGGAGCAUGAAGCGAUCACAAAAGUGAAGUAUGUGGACAAAAUACACAUUGGGAACUUUGAAAUUGAUGCCUGGUACUUUUCCCCAUUCCCAGAAGAGUAUGGUAAACAGCCAAAGCUGUGGAUCUGCGAAUAUUGUCUGAAAUAUAUGAAGUUUGAGAAAAGCUACCGUUACCACCUUGCACAGUGCCAGUGGAGGCAGCCUCCAGGAAAGGAAAUCUACCGAAAAGGCAACAUUUCUGUGUAUGAGGUGGAUGGUCGAGAUCAUAAGAUUUACUGCCAGAAUCUGUGCCUGCUAGCCAAACUCUUCCUGGACCACAAAACAUUGUAUUUUGAUGUAGAACCUUUUGUAUUCUACAUUCUCACAGAAGUGGACCGGCAAGGCGCCCACAUAGUGGGUUAUUUUUCAAAGGAAAAAGAGUCUCCAGAUGGAAAUAAUGUAGCCUGCAUUCUCACGUUACCUCCAUAUCAAAGAAGAGGCUAUGGCAAAUUCCUCAUAGCUUUUAGUUAUGAACUUUCUAAGCUGGAAUGCACUGUUGGCUCACCAGAGAAGCCACUGUCUGAUUUAGGCAAACUGAGCUACCGCAGCUAUUGGUCUUGGGUCUUGUUAGAGAUUCUGCGUGACUUUCGAGGAACUCUGUCCAUUAAAGAUCUCAGUCAGAUGACUAGUAUAACACAAAAUGAUAUUAUCAGCACACUGCAGUCUCUGAACAUGGUAAAAUAUUGGAAAGGUCAACACGUGAUAUGUGUCACGCCAAAAUUGGUAGAAGAGCAUCUGAAAAGUGCACAGUACAAGAAACCUCCCAUCACAGUGGACACUAUGUGCCUGAGGUGGGCACCACCCAAGCACAAGCAAGCCAAGAUUUCAAAAAAAUGAACAAAUAAUGACCGAUGAACAGAAAAGCUAAAGAAGGCCCACCUCAGAAGUGUGGAAGAACAGACUGGUAUUACAGACGUGGAAGACUGAGGCGGGGAACCAGCCUGAUGGAAAAAUUGAACUGGUGAUUUCAGUGCAAAGUGGACAUUUGUAGCUGUAACAUAGGAGUCAUUUUUUACUCGAGUAUGAGCUCAUUCAACCUGCACUGAUCAGACUGCAUGUUGUCCAGAGAUGAUGUUGCAUUUUAGGCACUGCAGUUUUGUAAUGAUACCAGACAAGGGUGUGUCUGUGUUGGGGGGGGGGGGGGUGUGUGCGCGCCUGCCUAUGCAUGUGUGUUUGGUCAGCUAAAGUCUUGGCUGGUUGUUGAGACUUUUCCAAAUACUGGUAUGUGAAGCUGAGAGGGUUUAUUAAAAAUGUGAACAGAGCUUUCCCUUUUGGAAGAUUGUGGAACUUUAGGCUGAUAAACUGUCACAGAAAUCUUAGUGCUUGCACCACUUCCAUGAUGUUUCCUGAUUUUCUUUUCUUGAAGGGAUAUGAUAUACUUUUAGCUGCUUGAUGAAGCAAGUACAAAAGUUUUAUGUGCUUGAUAAUGUUUUCCGUCAUUGUAAAGCAAUGUUUUGGCAGCUUUGUGUAAUGUCAUCACAUAGUGCUGUAUUGGUUAUUUUGUGACAGGAUGUUCAGUAGUAGUUUUGCCUUCACAGCCCCAUGGUUUUAAUUGUAAUACAGUAGGAUGUUCUAGGUGCACUUAUGGAGCAGAUUGCACUUGGCCUUCAGUCUCAUUCCGUAUGUUAGUAUGGCAUAGAGUAGCCUCUGUCGUAUGCUGCUACUGUUCACUUAAUAGAGAUGAGAUUGUAUUCUUCUGUGUUAAGGCACUACAGAAAUUUCAGCAUUACCCAGAUACCGCUUUCUGUAGUACAGCUUUGGAGAGCUGCACCUUUGGUUGCAACAGUUUGGGGUGGUAUGAUUGUGAUGGCUCUGAGCCAGACUGCUCCACGGAAGACAAGUAAAGCUAGUGGAGAACUGAGCAUUCAACUUGUUCUUAUUUCUAAGUUCCUCUUCCUUCCUUAUUGAGAUCACAGUAUUUAUUACUUUAGGAGUGGAUACUUGGUGAAAAUUGUGCCAUCAGUUACUGUCUGGAGUAAGGGGGGAUAUGGGUUAGCUUUAGGCUUAAUGUGCCCUCAGCUCAUUUUUCACGAGGGGACUUGCAGGAGAACACUGGAAUUGAGAAGUAAGCAUUUGAGCUAGAACUCUGCAUUCUCAUCUAGGUGAUCUACAUAUUUGCUAGUGUCUCGCAGUCUGUUUGUAGCUAGGUCUUGCAGUAUUACAGGUGAGGAGUUCCCUUUAAAAGUCAUUUUAGAAAUAGAGGUAAGCUGAUUAGGUAGGCAGUUGUGUAAAUUCUUGUUUAAAAAAUGUGUUUGUGCAGGGCAGAAGAUAGCAUUUUUGGGUGUUGAGGAUGCCAGUGUCUGAGUUUGUAGUGGGAGUGAAUGUUUCUUUAAUCCCCCACACACAUACACACGCUUUUCCUGUUGCUUAAAAUGCACAUUUGCACGGAGUCUUAGUUGGGAAAUUCAGCUGAGCUUGUUCAGUGUAGAUUUUGAAUACUGACUGAGCAUAAUGUUACAUGGCACAGUACAUUUAUGUCUAGAAAAUUUUAAGAAGCUCCCUUUAUUCCAUUGCUGGUAUUUUAUUUUGGUGUUGAGGCACAUUGCCAUGUUUAAAACAUUAACCCGUUACUGGGCAUUAACUUGUUGCUCUACAUGAGGGGGAAGGAGUUUAAAAAAAUCUAACAGUUAAACAUUGCUGUAUCCACUUGGGACUGAAAAACUAGAUUGAGAUACUUUUCGCAGGAUGGUACAUAAUGUGCAGAUUGUUGAGCAUUUCUGACCAUUUGCUUGCUGUUGCAUCGCACUGAUUAUGAGACCAUUCUUAAACAAGAGAAAAAAAAUAAUUAUUUUGGGAUAGUUGACCUGACAGCUGCAUUUAUGUUAUCAUAUAGUAGCUGUCAAAGGUUUGAAUAUAGUUGUUUAAUCUGUAUAAUAUGAGAUGAUUUAUAUCGGAUGUUACCUGUGGCCUCACAUUGACUGUAAUGCCUGAACACUGUUUACAGAUGAUGCCAGUUUGCUGUAAAGAAGAGUUGGUUACAAAAAUGUCUGCUCCACAUACAAUAUGGUGCAAUAGUUAUGAAUCCUUUACUGUAGAAUUGUCUUUCAUGGGUAAUGUACUCAAAAUUGUUGCUAGCAAGAGUGAGGUAAAGUGCUACAUAAAAUAAUACAAAUAUUAAAAGUUGCUAUUUUCACUUUAAAACGCUUUCUAAGGCUUUUAUAGCAGUGGCUUAUAUUCUAAUGAUUUUGUGACGUUCACCUGAAAGUUUGUGAUACAGAAGUCAGCACUCCACUUGCUGGAGGUUUUCUGUACUCCAUUUUUGAAUUGGUGAUCUGGAGUAAAGGGCCCGAAUCCUCCUUGAUCGAUAGUGGGGUCGGGUUCUUUCCACCAGUCUCCCAUUCAGCAACUUUUUUCAGAAGAUCCUACUCAUGGGGGUGCAUUCGUUUGGCAGUCACACACUCAGUGGCAUGUUAUAUUGUCUGUGUUUGUGUUCAACUCUUAAGCUUAUCAAUUUUUGUUUUGCCAGCUGCACAGCUCAGAUCGCUUUAUUAGCAUUCUUCUGUGAAUUUCCACCAUGCAGUGUUUAGAAUGCAUUUCAGCUGUGUUAAUACAACUGUCAGACUGCCAAAUUACAAGCAUGUCGGCAAGGAGCAUGAUGUCAAGCACUUAGUCCAGCUCUGACCUUCAGGGCCAAAGAUAGACGUUUCUGGACUACCUUACUUUAAGGAAAAAAUGGUGGAGCCUGAGACUUUUUGUACAGGGACUGGCUGGAUGAUUUGUUGCACUUUUGCCAUCAUUCAUAAGAAGGACUGAAGCUUGGAGAAAGUGUUGCAACUUUCCCAUUCUAGUGGUAAAACUAGAAGUGAAAUAGAUUUGUUAGUUAGUGGAAUCUACUAAAUUAGGAUUAAAAAUAGAGCAACGUGAAAUACACUAACUUUGUAGUUACAUAGCUAUGGAAUGAGAACCGUCGACUGAAGUGCCCCAGCACAUUUGCAUUAUUGUGUUGCAAAAAAAUAAAUACAUUUCUAAGAUGCACAAAAUCUAACGUUUAUAAUUAUAAGAUAAUGCUGUGUAAAACGAAACAUAAAACAUCCUAGAGAACUAAUAUCGAAAAUGAAUUCCCACCACUGGUAAUACAGAGCUAAUGUCAAUGAAUUUGAUUAAAACUGUGCCUCUUUCAUUGUUAAGAGGAUUCCACUAAAUUUUGUCCACUUAAAUGUACAUGACACCUCUAUAUGCCAUAGAUAUUGUUUUCAUCCGACAAGAGUACUAGCCAGAGACGGUCCUGAACUUCAUCAAUGAAUGGGAGUCUAGGGUGGUGCAUUCUUUGCUCCUAUCAUUUAGGUGGUAUGGUUUGGAGCACUGGCACUACCCAAAUCCUGCUGGAUCAGCUGGAGCUUAAGGCCAAUGAACAUGGUUUUGGUAAGCAGCCUCUGGAGUUGUCUGGUGAAAAAUCAGGUACUCUGGACUGAUGCCUCUUCUGCUAGGGCUUCACUUUAGCCUCAGCUGAUCUAGCUGGACACAUUUUGGGGAUCCUUCAAGUAGUGCUGCAUCUGGGUUCUCAUCUCAAGAAAGGAAUAUCAAUUAAAUGUGUAUCUGAUGGUAGCUUAUAUUCUGAGUGCAGGAUCAUGCCUUUUGAGGAAAAAAGGCCUUGUAAGUGUCUUUAUCUCCUAUAUGCAGGAUAAGUCUCUUUGCAAAUCUAUCUUGUCAGCUACACAUUUGACCUUGUACAAGUCCACAUCUGGAAGAUAAUGGAUUUGGGUCUCCUCCUUAGGCUUCUGCAAGUAGUCUAGGAAUGUGAAAGCCGUAAUUUCUGAUGCUCACAAGAUAGUGUCUUCCUCAUAACCCCUCUUCUAGUGAGACCUUGGGUUUUUUGAUUUCCAUCUUGGACUGUUGCUGUAUUCCGUCCUCUCCCCACCCUGAAAAUUGUUCUUUUGGGGAAGAAGGCAACUGAUGGCAUUUUCCCUAUGGAGCCAGUAAUGAAUAAUGCAGAAAGCUAUCUUGAAACCCUGGGAGUACUUUGUUGGGCCUUACAGAAGACAGCCCAGUACAAGCACUCUACUAAAUGGAUCAAGUCCACUACUUGGCAUCUUUGAGCGGACUUUGUAUGACUGUCUUGGUCCACAACAGUUUCUGGGGUCAAUACCAUUUUUCCACCCUACCACUUGGCAUAUUUUCAUUAAGUGUAGUGAGAGUAUAUGCUGUCUUGUCACUGUGUUUAGCAUUUCAGUUUUGUCUCAGCUGACAAGUAUCUAGGCCACCCUGAUUAAUCAAGUGCUGGAGAAUUUUUAAUGUAUAUAUUUUUUUAAAGUCUGGGCUCAAGGAGGUUAUUAAUUUGGACCCUGUCAUCUUGUUUCCAGGAUGGAUUUCUGUAUAACCAGCUAUAACUUUGUGUGGAGGGUUAUAUCAGGGUCACAGGUGUAGGCGUGUGCCUGUACAGAAUGGUGGUGAUGAUGUAGAUUCUUACAUAAGGGAGGAAUUUGGAGAGUGUUCUGGAUGUACACCUCAGCUGAAAAGUGCUCUUUUGCCAGGCUUCCCAAGAUUUGUUUCACCUCUUGAAGAAUCAGCCCCCCUCCCCACUGCAUAGGUCUUUAUACCCCUCCUGUGGUUUCUUUUAAGCCAGACCUGAAGUGAAAGAAGCCUGAUGACCACCUGAGGAAGUAAGCAUUAGGUAGUCUUGCUGUCUUUUUACUGAUUGAGGUUCCUUGAUUGAAUUCUGUUCUAUUCAGUGCCCGAUGGCCUCCUUGGUCUUCAUGGUGACACUUGCAUGUCUGAAGAUUGGGUAUUGCUGUGGGAAGUACUGUUGUGCUACCAUUUAUUCAUGGAUAUUUUUUUUGCGUGUGUGUGUCACACCUUUAUUGAACCCUAAAGUAGUGAGGAAUUCCUGCCAACCAGUUGGUCAUCAUUCUCUUUCAGUAAGCCAACCUGCUGCUGUUUUGGGCAGUGGUUGGGGGGUUGCCAAUUUAUCAUCUCAGAUUUUACAUGAAGUGGGUGCAUGAGUUUUGGAAGGUUUGAACAGCUGUUUGUUGCCCCUUCCUUCACUGGAGUGAAGGAGACAGUUGCCAGAAGUAGCCAUUUUCAUGUGGAUUGCUAGCUGCUUCAUUUUUUUCCACCAAAUAACUGUCCUGAAAUCACUACAGUCAAAAGCUCCUCCACUUGAUGAGUGGCUUCCUGAGGUUCUUGUUUUAGGAUAGCAACUCCUGCAGAUAUUUGCACCAUGACCAGUUUGCCUUCAGUGUAAACUUCACCAGUGUCUUAACUGAAACUCCAGCAUUUAAGCUCUGUAUGGUAUUGUGGCAUUUUAGGACUCUGCUUCUCAUAACUUUGUCCUUGAGUAGUUCUCCAGCUCCUUCCACCCUUGUUAAUGCUGUGGGUUCUCGCCAGCCGUAUCCCCUAUCAGGAAGGGCUUUUGAUGUUGGGUGUAAUGGAUAUGUUCUUGCUGUAUUGUUUGCUCUGUCAGGAAAAAAUCUUAGUGAGACAAAUGCUCCGAUUUUUCUGUGCAGGUGGGUAGCCCUCCAUUAUGCCUUUGCUGUUGGUUUCCUGUAGGUGCAGUAAUUGUAUACAUGUGGUAUUGUUGAGUGUAGUUGUGAGUUGGCCACUCUUCUUAAUUUACAGGAAGGUGCUUGCUUAUUCGACUUGUGUAAAGUGGUGGGUUUAGGUGUGCUUUUGUAUUGAGCUUGAACACAGUACGUGUGGGGCAGCAGAUGCACAUACACCCCCCUGCAAGUGUGGGAUCUUCCAGAAUGGUUUCAGAGUUGAUUGCUGGGAAAGGAUGAACCCUAUUAUCUAGGGCCAUUGGUCUGUAAAGAACACAGACACUGCUAUUAUUUAUAGUAUAGUAGCAUUUAAUUAGCAGACAGUCAUUCGUUUUUGCAUCAUAAGUUGAGCCGUUGACUUAUUUCUUUUGGAAUAGGGGUCCAUUUUAGAACACCGGAUUAUAUAAUCUACACCUUCCAGAAACAUUUCACGUAGUUUGAGGUUAGUGCACACCGUAAAAGUAACACAUACUUUACUGCUCCUCAAAAAAUUAUUUCUGCCAGUAGUUAAUGUUAAGAAUCCUAUUCACAUUUAUUGCUGAGGGCCUACAUCUUAAAACCGAUCAUUGUCCACUGCCUUUUAAAAACCAUUGUAACAGGUUUAUGCUCGUCUGUGAUAUCCAAACAGAAUUGUCAGAGUAGAAAAUGGACUGCUGAGCCAUGUGCAGAUGAUAUGAAAAUGUGUUCAAGCAUAUUUUUGCUCUGAUAAAUACUGGGAAAGAUAGCAAGUAUGGUAUUUAGACCACAGUCUGAACUGCAUGCACUUAUCCUUUUCAUGUUUUCUGUGAAAUGUUGACUCUAAGGCUGGUUGUCACAGUAAUUGUACUUUUAUUUCUUUGUAGUAUGUUAUGUGAAGAGCUACCUGUUACAUGUUAAAAGAACUCUUGCCUUCUAGUAAUAGUGUUGCCUUUAUGUGCUGGAGCCACUUGGCCACUGUAUGGGAGGGUAAUGUUAACAGAUGUCUCUGAGAUCUACAGUCGGUUGCAGUUAUGGGUUAGUAAUAGAAGUGCACUGGAAAGCCAUUAGCAAGCUUACAUGUGUUUUCAGAAUUGCAUUACUGCAACUAGUUCACAUUUUCGUAGCUCAAGGUAAGACUACACAGGGUCCAUCCUUAGUUUCUUUUGCAGUUAGAUUAGCCGUCAUACUUGCACAUAGAACUCAACAGUUUGGGAGGUGUCAAGAGUACUUUGGUGGGCUGGUGGGGAAAUACCAUGCUUCUCCUGGCCGUACUUUACAUGGGGAAAGAUGUGCAGUAGGUUUAAACAUGCCUUUAUUCUCCCACUGUUAGGGUGACUGUAGUGUGGUGGCAAGAAGCCUGCAGAUGUAUGGGGAGUACUGUUACCUUAGAGACUGAGAAUGGAUGUAUCUAAUGGGUUUCUUUCCUAUUCUGUAGGAUAAAAUUUCCUUUUGCAGGGUCUGAACUUAUUACAGAUAAUUUUGAAGGCAGCUUUUAGUUUGUCAGGACUUCAUGAUGCAAGUCAUCAAGCACUGCAGCAUACUAGUAAAAAUUCCAAAUGUGGUUGUUUGCAUGGAAGAUGAUGAAGUAUUCAAUGUCAGAGAUUUAAAGCAUAAAUAUAUUUAAAACGCUGUAAAUAUUUAUGUACAGUGUGUUUUACAGGUUCAUGUAAGGACUGAUUGUAUAUGACAUAACUUUGCUACAUUAUACAAGUAGUGAGAACAUACUGUGUCUUAUUUGUAAAUUUUUUUAACUGCUGUUUUAUUAAAGAUAUUUUUU